AUGCUUGCACGGGGUGCCAUAAUAGCGCCACGGCUAGGGCUUGGGCUGGCCAUAAUACGACUGGCAGUGGUUCGAAAUUACUCGUCUCGGUCUAAGGAUUUCGUCAAGGAUAAUCUCAUUGUCAAGUCGCUCGCGUACGUGAAGGAAGUUGACCAGGAGCAGGACCGGCUCGAGCGGAGCCCCGUCGAUGCGAAGAUCACCAAGCUCAUUGAGGUGAUCGAGGAUAACCAUGAGUGUCUCUACCUUUUGCUGAUGUUCCACUACGAGUGUGAUCGGAUGAAUAUUGGCCAGGAUGUUAGUACGAGACGCAAACGGUGGAAUUACCCGUUUAACCAUAUGUUUAAGCUUCGACCGAUCCACACGGCAUUCUGGGAGAACUGUCGGAUCUUGGAUAUGGCUAAUCACAAGCACAAGUUGGGGUAUGAUAUCCAUGACUUGGGGCUCUUAGACCCAAAGAAUUUUAGCCACGAUGACUACCACCAGCUCCAAACGGGGGUGUUCCAUGGUACCGAUUUCCGCAACGUACAAGGGGUGUCGUUCACUCGUCCCUGGCGCCUGCCCCAUAACGAAUCCUAA